GAGGACGGCCAUGUUUAGCAAGGGCAAAACCUGUUCGCGUUUGCUUCACUUGUCUGCACGCAACAACGGAAGUGACAUUGUGGGCACCGGCACAGUGGGCCUGCUUUAGAAACAUGGCUGCGCCCACGGUAGUGGGUAUUUGUAGGAGAGUCUCGGCGUUCCUGAAGGCUGCGGGUUCCCUAGUAAGUCCCCAGGCGCCUGCUCGUCCCGGGUUUCCCCUUAGUUUGUUGCAGAAGAACACACACCAUGUCACAUCUUUUCUGCAGUGCAAAUUACUUCAUACUACGUUGUCAAGGAAAGGACUAGAAGAAUUUUUUGAUGACCCAAAGAACUGGGGGGAAGAAAAGGUCAAAUCUGGAGCUUCAUGGACCUGCCAGCAGCUAAGGAACAAAAGUAAUGAAGACUUACAUAAACUUUGGUAUGUCCUUCUGAAGGAAAGAAACAUGCUUCUGACUCUAGAGCAGGAGGCCAAGCGACAGAGAUUGCCAAUGCCGAGUCCAGAGCGGUUAGAAAAGGUUGUUGAUUCCAUGGAUGCCUUAGAUAAAGUUGUCCAGGAGAGGGAGGAUGCUCUGCGGCUUCUUCAGACCGGCCAGGAGAAAGCAAGACCUGGUGCCUGGAGAAGGGACAUCUUCGGACGAAUUAUCUGGCACAAAUUCAAGCAGUGGCCUAUACCUUGGUACCUCAAUAAAAGAUACAACAGGAAACGGUUCUUUGCGAUGCCCUAUGUGGAUCGCUUUGUCAGACUGAGAAUUGAGAAACAAGCCCGCAUUAAAGCAAGAAAGGAAAGUUUACAGAAAAAGAAAGAAAGAAUUCUCCAGGCAAAGUUCCCGCACCUCUCUCAAGACCAGAAGUCAAGUACUGUCCAAGAUGAGACCUACAAGUCAAACUCUGUGUGAGAUGAGACCCAGAAGUCCGAUUUCAUUCUUGAAGCUGCCUGUGUCCUAAUGUGAAUAUGUCUUUAUAAAAUGUUUUUGUUAAAAUGAUAUCAGUUGUUCUUGUGGAUAACAUGGCAUGUUAAUUAACCAUAGAAGCACUGCUGCUUCUAUCAAAACCAGGCAGAGUUCAGGUUCAGUUCCCAUAUCCUGAUAUCUAAGCAGACUUAAUAACACCCGAAGUCUUGGUAUAAAUCUGAUGCUAGCUGCCAGAAUGAUGCUAGAACCAAAGCCGGUUUGGGAAUGCUGUUUGCACCACUACUGUUAAAAAGUGGCCGGUGGGGAGUGGGGUGGUGCACAGGACUGGAAAGAUGGCUUAGUGGUUAAGAGCACAAGUUGCUCAGGACCCAGAUUCGAUUCCCAGCACAAACAAGGCUUAUAACCAUCUAAAGCUCCAGUUGUGGAAGCCAACACCCGGCUUCAACAAGCACCAGGCACUAGUAUGGUGCAAGCAUACAUGUGGAUAAAAUACCCAUACACAUAAUUUCUUUUAAGCAUGAAAGGGACAUGGAUACUGUCACUGGAACAGUUGAUUGCUUCCUGUCAUCAAAACAGUGGAAAAGCAGUACUGACAAUAGCAAGGCACAACAGAGACAAGAAUCCAAAAACCCUUCUAGG